AUGUCUGGUCUUCGCUACUUCUCCUACAAGGACCAUGGUGCCCGUCUCCUGGAGCAGAUGAACUAUCACCAAGCCGUUCGUGUAGGCGACCGCAUUGAGACCGCGGGUCAAGGUGGUUGGUGCCCGAAGACGGGCGAAAUCUCUUCAGAUCUCCUUGAGGAGAUUGACCAGGUCUUUACCAACAUCGACCUUGCCCUCAAGGAGGCCGGUGGCCAGGGCUGGUCUCAAGUUUACCGCAUUCGCCUCUACGCGCUUGACGAGGCCAUGACGCCUGAGGCUCUUGGUCGUAUGAUCGAGAACGUGAAGAAGUGGGCGCCUAAUCACAGCCCUAUUCUUACUGGCGUUGGCGUCACCAAGCUGGGUCAGCCUGGAAUGCGUGUAGAGGUCGAGGUUGCAGCUUACGACCCUGAGGGAGCUAAGACCAUCCAGUAG